UAUUUAAGAAUUCUAAACUUUCAAAACGUUCCUAUUUUACCUGGGAUUAUACACAUAACCAUAUAGAAAAGUAUAAUCACCUUGGUAAGCCGGUGGAUGCUGUUAGCCCUAUUACAGGAGACAGGUUGUUCAAAGAUGACAUUUUUCUCAAUGACCCUGGUAGUCCGAUAGAAUAUGACCCAGUGUUUAGAGAAUAUUAUUUUCGUUUAGAUAACCAAUCUCAAAUUAUCACUUUCGCUUUCUGUCCUUGGUGUGGAAGCAAACUACCGAAAGAACUCCGCGAAGAACUUUUUAACGCCUUAAAGAUGGCAUGUGGUAGGGAGCCGCAAAAAGCCUCCUUUUGCGGCUGGG